UCCUCCUGAUAUUUUUGGUUUUUGGAGAGAUAGCAGUGACCGACUCGAAGAGAGAGACAGAGAGAGGGUUUUUGCUCAAGCAAUUGAUUUCGACUUCUAUGCUUUUCCUUUCCUUUCUGUUUCAAUAAUUUAGGGUUUGGCCUCGGGGCCGAGAAGUGAGUACUCUUUCUUUAUUUCUUUCUUCUGUUUUAGGGUUUCUGUAAACAGGGUAGAAUUGAAAUUCAAGGUGAAGAGAUUGAGAGGGAGGGGGGGUGUUGAUUUCCUUCUCCGUCUCUCGGGUCAGGCGGUGAAAUACAACUACCUUAGGAGGAUGGAAGGGAGGAGGAUAUCGGCGAAUCCCAGGCCGUGCUCGGGAAGGAGGAUAUUGGCGAAGAAAAGGCCUCUUGCCAAUGGAUUUGCCAACACUGUUAAGAAGUUGCAGAGGCGCGAAAUUUCUUCUAAGCGAGAUCGUGCUUUCAGUAUGAGCAAUGCCCAGGAGAGGUUUCGCAAUAUGAGUUUGACGGAAGAGUAUGAUACUCAUGAUCCCAAGGGCCAUUGUUCAGUAGUUCUACCCUUUUUGAUGAAGAGAACUAAAGUCAUAGAGAUUGUAGCUGCACGGGAUAUUGUCUUUGCACUUGCACAUUCUGGUGUUUGUGCGGCUUUUAGUAGAGAAACAAAUCAGAGGAUAUGUUUUCUGAAUGUGAGUCCUGAUGAAGUAAUUCGAAGCUUGUUCUAUAAUAAGAACAAUGAUUCCCUCAUCACAGUUUCAGUUUAUGCUUCAGACAACUUCAGCUCCUUGAAAUGCAGAUCAACUAGAAUUGAGUACAUAAGGAGGGGCAAGCCAGAUGCUGGUUUUGCUCUUUUUGAGUCUGAGUCCUUGAAGUGGCCAGGGUUUGUAGAGUUUGAUGAUGUUAAUGGAAAGGUUCUAACGUACUCUGCCCAAGACAGUGUUUACAAGGUUUUUGACCUUAAAAACUAUACAAUGCUGUACUCUAUAUCAGAUAAACAUGUACAAGAAAUCAAAAUCAGUCCAGGAAUCAUGUUGUUGAUUUUCAAUAGAGCAACUAGCCAUGUGCCUCUUAAGAUUUUAUCAAUAGAAGAUGGAACAGUUCUAAAAGCCUUCAACCAUCUGCUUCAUCGGAAUAAGAAGGUGGACUUCAUCGAACAAUUCAAUGAGAAGCUUCUUGUUAAGCAGGAAAAUGAGAAUCUCCAGAUCCUUGAUGUUCGAAAUGCAGAGCUAAUGGAAGUUAGCAGAACCGAGUUCAUGACUCCCUCUGCAUUUAUCUUUCUCUAUGAGAACCAGUUGUUCUUAACUUUCAGAAAUAGGACUGUUGCAGUUUGGAAUUUUCGUGGGGAGCUUGUAACUUCAUUUGAGGAUCACCUCUUAUGGCAUCCUGACUGUAACACAAAUAACAUAUACAUAACAAGUGAUCAGGAUCUUAUUAUUUCUUACUGCAAAGCUGAAUCUGAGGACCAGUGGAUGGAAGGAAAAGCUGGUUCUAUCAAUGUCAGCAACAUCUUGACAGGAAAGUGCUUGGCCAAAAUAAAUGCUAGCAAUGGCAAUCCUAAAUGUGAUGAACCCAGUGGCAGUAGCUCUAAGCGGAUUCAUUCACCUAUAAGUACAGUUGCAGAGGCUUUGGAAGACAUAACAGCACUUUUCUAUGAUGAAGAGCGUAAUGAGAUCUAUACUGGCAAUAGGCAUGGUUUAGUUCAUGUGUGGUCCAACUGAAAGUUAUGAGCAUGUUCCAUUUUGAUCUAAAGAUGAAUAUGCUACUGAAGGAUAUUCUAUCAUGCCUGCAAUGAGACCUACUCUGUUGAUAGAGUCUGAAUCAUUUAUGGCAAAUUCAAGUGCAUCUUUCAUCGUUACAAUCUAGCUGCUGCUACUCCCCUGUCAGAGGGUGUUGCUCGGGGCCUGCCCUACUUCAGCCAGAUUGGAUGGCUUCAGCGUACUGUAUUUUUUAAUUGCAUCAGAGUGAAUUGUAUCAUUAGAUGUUUUUAGCUUCUUGUGUAGCUAUUUGUAGAUCUGCUUCUGGAAUUUCUAGGAUGUCUAGUUGAGAUGCAAGAGAAGGCUUAAAUUUGUUGACUUGUUAAUGAUUUUUCAAGACUAUGCAACAUGUAACAUUAGUUGGGAUUCUUGUGCUUAACAAGUGUACAAGAUGUUUGCUUGUUAA